GUGCGGGAGCACCGUCCCCUCCUCAGGGUCAGCGCUCCCUUCCCAGCGCCUCCGCGUCUUGUGCUGAUGGUGGCGAGCACGGGAGGAGGCCGGCGGUGCCCAUAAUUUGCCGCUCCCUGCCCGGCUGUCUCUGUGUGCCAUCCGCGGCUGUCAGGGUUGUCUCUGCGGCUAUUAGAGGUCGCCUCUGUCUCAGCGCAGAUCCGCGUCUGUGGCCGCUCUCUCUGUCUACCCCUGUAGUAAAUCUCUGUCUCUCUCUGAACACGCCUGCUUGGGCUGUUCCCCCACCCCCUCCCCUCUCUCCGCCCUGCAGUCACAUCCUGCAGUCUCUGUCUCUCUCCUGCCGCUGUCUCCGGGGUCUCUUCCUGCUGGGAUUGGGAGAGACAUCUGUGAGCCGUCUCGCCAGGGUCCCCCCUCCCCGCCCAGGCGAGCUGAGUGCCUGCGAGUCCCCGGCCUCUCCAGGCUGUAUCUGAGGAAAGGGCCUCCUCCUCCGUCUGUGUAAGGCCCAUGCCAGCUCCCUCUGCAUGUCUCACCCGGGCUGUGUACGGAUUCCCGGCUCCCAGGCCUGAGGUGCCUCUCUUCCCGCUGUCUUUGGAUACAUCAGCGGGCGUCUCCGGACUGAGCAACCACUAUUCUAAUGACGUCUCAUCAGCCUGAGCUGCCUGGCUGUCUCUUACACCCUCUGGAUGUCUCGCCCUGCUGUCAGGACACGGCCUGAGAUCUUCGGGAACAGAGAACGGGGUGUCCCCCCACUGACGGGGAACCGUCGACACUCCUUCUGAUGGGACACGGAGUCCCGCCAUGUCUGAGGUGGGAGGUGGUGGUGGGCGCCGCCGUCUACUGGAAGAAGAGUUCACCCUGCAGGUUUACCCUGGCAGCAUCUCACCAGAGGUCAUCUACUGCCCAGUGCCUGCCCGCUGGCACACCACAGCUGCUGAUGUCAUUGAUGCUGUCAUUACGGCACUGCGCUUGGACAGAGCCAAAUGCUAUGUGUUGGCAGAGGUCAAGGAGUUUGGUGGAGAAGAGUGGAUACUUAACCCUACCGAUUGUCCUGUUCAGCGAAUGAUGUUGUGGCCCAGACUUGCCUUAGAGGCUCGUGGUUCUGGAGAGGACUAUCGCUUUCUCCUGAGGGAGAAAAAUGUGGAUGGCUCCAUCCACUACGGUAGUCUCCAGUCCUGGUUGAAAGUGACAGAGGAGCGCCGACGCAUGGUGGAAAGGGGUUUUCUUCCUCAGGAACAGGGACCAGAGUGUGAGGACCUUUGUGGCUUGCCUGAUCUUAGUGAGAGGGCGCUGCUUGAGACUCUUCGUACACGAUUCCGACAGGAAAAGAUCUACACAUAUGUUGGAAGCAUCUUGGUGGCAGUUAACCCAUUCCGUUUCUUACCAAUUUACAACCCUAAGUAUGUGAAGAUGUAUGACAACCGAAGGCUGGGAGAACGUGAGCCUCACAUUUAUGCAGUAGCAGAUGCUGCUUACCAUGCUAUGCUCCGUCGGCAGCGAAAUCAGUGCAUUGUUAUCUCUGGGGAGACGGGUUCUGGAAAGACCCAAAGUACCAACUUUCUUAUCCACCACUUGACUGCUCUCAGCCAGAAGGGAUAUGCCAGUGGGGUGGAACAGAUAAUAUUAGGAGCUGGACCAGUGCUGGAGGCUUUCGGAAAUGCUAAGACAUCACAGAACAACAAUUCCAGUCGCUUUGGGAAGUUCAUCCAAGUUAACUACCAUGAGACAGGAACAGUCCGCGGAGCGUAUGUGGAAAAGUAUCUUCUGGAGAAGUCCAGGCUUGUUUACCAAGAGCAGCAAGAGAGGAAUUACCAUGUUUUCUACUAUCUGUUGGCUGGGGCCAGUGAGGAGGAGAAGGCAGAAUUUCAUCUUGAUCUUCCAGAGAGCUAUCAUUACUUGAACGAGAGGACACGGAAGCCUCAGAGACAGAGUUGGGGAGUAUAUGAUUGUGAAGAUGAAACCGAUUCCCUGAGCGGGGAGGGUGAGGAUCUCAGACAUGACUUUGAGCGACUGCAGCUGGCGAUGGAGAUGGUUGGCUUCCUGCCAGCAACACGUAGACAGAUAGUGUCUUUAUUGUCUGCAAUCCUGCACCUUGGUAAUAUCCAGUAUAAGAGGAAGACCUACAGAGAUGAGUCAAUUGAUAUUUCAAACCCUGAUACUCUGCACAUUGUGUCUGACCUUCUGAAGGUGCGUGAAGAAAUGCUUCUGGAUGCUUUGAUUACUAGGAAAACUGUUACUGUUGGAGAAAAGCUCAUCUUGCCGUAUCGCCUGCCAGAGGCUAUCACCGUCAGAGACUCUUUGGCCAAGUCUCUUUACAGCGCCUUGUUUGAUUGGAUUGUCUUUCGCAUUAACCAUGCUCUGCUCAACAUCAACAGCAAGGCGAUAGAUGAAGGAAGUCAGACUCUAUCCAUUGGGGUUCUUGAUAUCUUUGGCUUUGAGGACUACGGCAGCAACAGUUUUGAACAAUUCUGUAUUAACUUUGCCAAUGAACGUUUGCAGCAUUAUUUCAAUCAGCAUCUGUUUCAGCUGGAACAGGAGCAGUAUCGAUCAGAGGGAAUAACCUGGAAUAAUAUUAACUACUCUGAUAAUGGAGGUUGUAUCAGUCUUAUCAGCAAGAGGCCGACGGGGCUGAUCCAGUUGCUGGAUGAGGAAAGCAAUUUCCCCCAAGCUACUCAUCAAACGCUGCUUGAGAAGUUUAAACGUCACCAUGAAGGCAACCCCUACAUUGAGUUCCCAGCAGUUAUGGAGCCAGCUUUCAUUAUCCAGCACUAUGCUGGCAAGGUCAAAUACGGUGUUAAGGAUUUCCGGGAGAAAAACACAGAUCACAUGCGCCCAGACAUUGUGGCCUUACUGCGCAGCAGCCGGAAUGCCUUUAUUCGGGGAAUGAUUGCCAUCAAUCCAGUGGGAGCAUUUCGUUGGGCUUUGCUAAGAGCAUUUUUCAGAGCACUGUGGGCUUUUAGACAGAGUGGGAGAAACAACGUGGGCAAGAAGACUGGCUCGGGCCCCCCCUGUACACCGGGGCCUCCAGGCUCAUCUCACAAAGGCCUUUCUAGCUUUAGCUUUCUGCAGCACCCCGUCCACCAAAGGAGCUUACAGAUCCUGCAGAGGUGUCAGAACGACCAAUACAAUAUUCCCCGUAGGACUCCUCGCACCCCUCUGUCUGAUCUACAAGGAGUAAAUACCAUACAAGAAAGAAGCCCGCGAGAGCUGACCUGGGCAACACGGCGACAGGGUCGCUUGUCAUCAUCUAGCCCCUACCUAGAGGGCGGUGGAAUCUUCAUCAGCUCACCCAGCUCCAAUCUGAACAGCAACAGUGACAGCAAAUUGUUGGAGAGAGCCCAUGGCAUUCUUAUGAGAAACAAGAACACAAAAUCCAAACCUACCCUUCCCAAGCAUCUGUUGGAUGUAAAGUCCCUGAAACAUCUCUCCAAUCUCACUCUGCAUGAUCGCAUCACAAAGUCCCUACUGCAUCUGCACAAGAAGAAGAAGCCACCAAGUAUUAGUGCUCAGUUCCAGGCAUCCUUAAACAAGCUGAUGGAGACACUGGGGCAGGCAGAACCCUAUUUUGUGAAAUGCAUCCGCUCCAAUGCAGAAAAGGUGCCUUUGCGUUUCAAUGACUCAUUGGUGCUCAGACAACUUCGUUACACUGGAAUGCUGGAAACGGUCCGAAUUCGCCAAUCGGGCUACAGCUGCAAAUAUCCCUUUCAGGACUUUGUUACUCAGUUUUCAGUAUUGUUGCCAAGAAAUGUUACCCCCACUCGGCAAAGUAUUCAGGAAUUCUUUUGGCGGAUGGGACACAGUCCUGAUCAAUAUCAAGUUGGGAGAACCAUGGUUUUUCUGAAGGAGCAGGAACGGCAGUGUCUGCGGGACAUGUUGCAUCAGAUUGUCCUACAACGCAUCAUUCUGUUACAGCGCUGGAUAAGAGCAGGGCUCCAGCGCCAGAGAUUUUUGCACUUUAAAGAAGCAGCCAUCACUAUUCAGAGAUACUGGAGACAUUACAAGAGGAAGUGGAAUGAAGAAGAACCACCAGACAAAGCAGACACACUUUUUCAGGCAGCCUAUAUAAUUCAAACGUGGUGGAGAGGCUACAGGGCAAGGCAGGUCUACCUGCAAAUGAAGGUUUCAGCCAUCAUCAUUCAGAGAUUCUGGCGCAGACAUUGGAUGCAUAGGAAUAAUGCGGCAAUAUGCAUCCAAACUACCUGGAGGAGCUAUGUUCAAAGGAGGCAAUAUCAUCGUCAGAGACAACACAUUAUAACUUUACAAGCAGCAUGCAGAGGUUAUUUAGCCAGGCACAGGUUACAUUCAUCAGGAGAUCACGGUAAUAUAGCCUCCAGGUCUUUACCCCAAUCUCCAGACAUUGACAGCCACUGGGAAGACCCUUCUGAACAUAGCCACCCAAACCCCCCAAGUCCAACACCAUUACUCUCUGGAAAAGAUAUAUCGGGUGAAGUUCAUAUUCGGGAGAGGCCAAAAUCAUUGGAGAACCCCAACCAAAGGAAGGUUGUCCGAGCCAAAAGAGAAAGCCGUCGCAUGAGAGAACUAGAGCAAGCACAGUUCAGUCUUGAAUUACUGAAGGUGCGUAGUGGGGGUGUGUCUCCUUCUGAUGAGAGGCGUUGGUCUGCAGAGAUCAUUUUAGAGAAACUACCAGAUACCCCUGAAAGUGAAGGAUCCCUGGGCAGCUUGGAACUCUUUAGCUAUGAAGAAAAUCAACAGCCAUGUGAAGAUCCUACAGCAGAUCUGGCACAUUACAAUCAACAUCCUAGGUCUCCCACUCAUAGACUUUCAAGAAAUUGCAGUGAAGUAUCCCAAGAAUCCCCCACACGUGAGCUACCAGACACUUUAGUAUCAGAACCAAUGAGUUCCCAGUUAUGUGAACCUUACAGUUCCUCCACCAAAAGGUCAUUAAACACUCCAUUGUAUGAAGCCCUAAACACUACCAGUACUGAACCCACUAACCACUCCUACAAUGAGUAUCCAAGUUCUACCAUUCAUAGCCAAAUAAGCUCUAUUUCUCCACCUUUUAUAUCACACUCCAAUGGCCCACAAGAAUCUCCUCAGUAUGGAUCACUUUACUCUCAAUCCAAUGGCAUUUCAUGUGCACCUUCUGAUGAACACUCCUUGCCUACUAAUCAAGAAAAUAUUUCAUUGAAUGGACCUAUUGAAUCUAAUGUUCAAGCUACUUCACCAUGUCCUCCAGGCCAAGAGUCCCCUGUUUCCCUUUGUAAAUCUUUCCCUGCACCACAUGGAGCCUCUUCUGGAAUCAUGAAAAGCCCCACUUCCCACCAUCCUCCAUCUCCUCCUUCCAAUGCUGUUAAUAUUGCCUAUGGAUCAUCAUCCAUCUGGAGACAGAAGUCUCCUGGACCUGACUUGUCAGAGAGUGCCCCUGCCAAGACUUCCGUCCCUCUCUCUAACAAGACACAUACUCGUGAGUCCCACCUUUCUUGCAGUCUCCCUACAUUUUAUGUUCCAAACCAGGAAUAUUUUAGGGGACAAGAGCACAGUGAUGUUGGAGCCAUGCCUUCUGAAACUGCCCUACAGCGGCUUCAGAAACUUAAUAAGGAGAAGGAGGAGCUACAAAAACAACUGCAGCACGAAAAAGAAAGACUUAUGAUGGAGCAGAUCCGCAGAGAAAAACAAGAGCUAGAGAGACAACGUAGAUUACAGGAACAAAAAGGACAUGUCAGAGAUCCAGACAGCUCGCUGCAUUUGUCUAAGAUAGACAACAAAAAACAGUCUGAUAGGCCAAAGUCUCUUCUAUUACAAAGCCAACACUGGAAUAGCCCUCCUAAGACAGAGAUCAAGGGACUGACCGUUAAAGGGAAGACUAGUCCAGUUCCUCACAAUGACCGUCCAGUUAGCAUGUUCCUGGAUCAAAGGGAGCCACGUGAAGCUCCCAGAGGGAAUGUCACAGGAGACAUUGGUGAUUCAGGGAGACGCCCUUGGUUGCACAGCACUGUGAAUUCCACCAUCUUUUUUACUCCUAAAGGGAAUAUUAGUAGUGACUCAGAUAAUUCCUCCAUUCAACCACUCCGAUCUGCACGUAGUGAUUCCACAAAGAGAUUGGAUGCAACAGAGCCGUCCGGUGUAAGUGAGGCCCCGCACAGACGAAAAGCUCGCAUGGCACGAACACGAUCAGAUUUCAUGACUAGAGGAGCUCUUGGGGGGGGAGGCUCUGAGGAAGAUUCAGAUGAACAGGGUGAGCGGCUCCCCCCCUCUGAUGCAGCUGAGGAAGCAGGCAGCCUGAUCCAGGCUUGUCACAGCGACUCUGAAAUGAUGUUACAGAGAGUCCAGGGUAUAGGACGACCCAGCAAACUCCAGAAAGCUGUGUCCCAAGGAGAGAUGUCUCAAAUGUUCACUGCGCACAGGGGUCCAGAGCCGGACUCUAGGCCCCAGAGGGGAAAGAUUCGCUUCUGGGGGAAAAUGAAAGCAGCAGAGAAGUUGACUCCGCAGACAGAGGUACUAGAGAUGGACACUGAGCCUUCAGGGAAAGAAGGGAUUCAUUUCAGUGAUGUGGACUCAGGACUGUGGCUUGUUCCACACAGUCCUGAUCUCAGCCGAGGACGUGAGAAGGAGAACAAGGACCCAUCCCCGAAGGUGCAGCGCAGGAGAAGUGUGAAGAUCAGCAGUGCUGCUUUGGAACCUACACAGUGGAAGAAUGAGCGAGUUCAAAUCAUUUGUAGUGCCAGCGACCUGAAAUGUAUGGAUGAAUUCUUACUGAAAAAGAUUAAUGAUUUGGAUUCAGAAGAUGGAAAGAAGGAUUCUAUGGUGGAUGUUCUCUUCAAAAGAGCUCUAAAAGAAUUUCGGCAGAAUAUUUUCAGUCUUUAUUCAACUUCACUCAUGGGAGAAGAUGGGAAAAGCAUCCGUUACAGGGACCUUGGGGCUCUCUUUGAGCAGAUCCUGGACAAGACCAUGAAACAGCAUCAACCACGGGCAUGGAGCGAAUCCCCAGUGAGAGUUUGGAUCAAUACAUUCAAGGUUUUCUUAGAUGAAUUUGUUCAUGAUUAUAAACCUCUGAAUUACACCACAGGAAAGACACAGAAGACGGAAAGAAAAAAGAGAAGGAAAAAGGAGUCCGAUAUCGUUGAGGAACACAAUGGUCAUAUAUUUAAAGCCACCCAAUACAACAUUCCCACAUACUGCGAGUUCUGCUCUUCACUUAUCUGGAUCAUGGACAGAGCUGCUGUUUGUAAACUGUGUAGAUUUGCUUGCCAUAAGAAGUGCUGUUCCCAGAUCACUACAACAUGCAGUAAAAAGUAUGAUUGUGAGCUGUCCCCCCGUCACUUUGGAGUAGAGUUGUCACGUCUCACUAAUGAAGAGAGGACUGUUCCUGUGCUGCUAGAGAAACUUAUCAGUUACAUUGAGAUGCAUGGCUUGUAUACAGAAGGCAUAUACAGGAAACCUGGAUCCACAAACAAGAUUCGUGAGCUGAGACAGAACCUGGACACAGAUAUUGACAGUGUAAAUCUGGACGAUUACAACAUCCAUGUGAUUGCUAGUGUGUUCAAACAGUGGCUGAGGGAGCUUCCCAAUCCCCUGAUGACAUUUGAACUAUAUGAAGAGUUCCUCAGAUCUAUGGGUCUUGGAGAGAGGAAGGAAACAGUGCGGGGGGUUUAUUCAGUAAUAGAUCAACUCUCUCGGACGCACCUCAGUACUUUGGAAAGACUCAUCUUUCAUCUUGUCAGGAUCGCACAACAGGAGGAGACCAAUCGCAUGUCUGCCAACGCACUAGCAAUUGUAUUUGCCCCAUGUAUUCUCCGUUGCCCAGAUACCACAGACCCACUGCAAAGUGUGCAGGAUAUUGGAAAGACGACAGCCUGUGUGGAGCUGAUUGUGUUGGAACAAAUGAAUAAAUACAGAGCUCGCCUGAAGGAUAUCAAUAGCCUGGAGUUUGCAGAGAACAAAGCCAAGAGUCGCCUGUCUUUAAUUCGCAGGUCCAUGAAACCCGUACUAAUUGCAGUUAGAUUUAUGAGCAUAAAUCGCAGCACCCUGUCGGGGAAAGGACGCUUGCGCUCCAGUCUGAGCCCUGUGAUCUCUGGGCUCUCUCCGGUUGUUCCGGAUGCCGCUGGUGACCAUGGGUUAUCACCCAUCCCCUCAGAGGAUGAGUCCUCCGACCAGAAGGAAGCAGCCAUGCAGCAGGAGGAAAGAGUAUUGGCCCAGCAGAUUGAGACUCUACAGAAAGAGAAAGAGGAACUUGCUUAUGAAAUGUUAGCUUUAGAGCCAAGAGCCUCAGAUGACGAGACCUUAGAAUCUGAAGCGUCUCUUGGGACAGCAGAUAGCUCUGAGAACCUGCACUGCGAGUCUGAGGGGGCGGCAUCCAGCAGGACAGAAAGAACCUACACUCUCGGUUCCAUGCGAACUGAGCCAAUGAGAACACGGAGACCAGCUAAGAGAGAAAGUGACAGCACGGAUAGUGGGGACCGCAACCUUUCCUCUCCUGUUGCCUCAUCCUGUUUACCUCAUCUGGGAAGAAAAAGGUUCCAUUUACACCCUAAAUCCCCCUUUUAUCGAGAACCUGCCCCAGUUGACUCUCAGGACUCUGGGCACCCUGUACAUUUCACAAGUCGUGGAACUUUUAAUCCUGAGAAAGGACGUCAAAAACUAAAGAAUGUCAAACAAUCUCCUCAGAAAUCAAGAGAACCACCUGAAAGUGGGGAACAAAGGAUUCUGGGAUCAGAUGGCAGCUCACAGUCCCUUGUCUUGUUUGGGAGCAAUGAGUUUAUGGUUUGAAGGAAGUAUAUUCUUAAUUCUCUUAUUGGCAACUUUCAUCAACCAAAUCACAAACCCUCUUCUUGCCAAGACCUGUGCUGUCCCCUAUAGCUUUACCCUGGUGCCUCCUAUGUCACCAGGAACUACAGACCAUUUGGCAUGUGCUGCCAGCAAUCUACCAAGGAAAAGAGGGGUCAUGUCUAACAGAAGCCUUAUCCAGCCGAAUCCACUACUUAUGAGAUCUCAUUACAUGACUCUUAACACUCCCUUUAUCAACAUAUACUGAUCUCAAAAGAGAGGCUUUUAUUAUAAAUAUUAUUAUAUUAAUAUUAUUAAUUUUAUUUGUGGUUUCUAAGCCCUAUAUAAAUAAACCAUUCCCUUUAAUUUAAAGCAGCAUCUGCACUGUGGUUACACAAAGCUUUGUAAGGGUGGAACCCCUUGCAAUGCAUGGAUCAACUUCUGCGUGGGGUUAAUUACCGCAUAGCUCAUGUUUGUUCUUUUCAUCUGAACUCCAAGAUAACACUGACCCAAAAAGAACUUUAGACCUUUUGGUGAGUACAUUCCACCUGUUCUGUGGGAUCCGCAUUGUAUAAUCCAGAGAACAAAUAUUCCAGGAAUUAGACACUGUGUGCUGAGAGUUCAGAAGUCUUAAUUCAAGCGAAAUCUUCUUUUAUGCAGAAGAGGACUUGUGUGGGACAAACCUAAAACCUGGGCAGCUGCCUCUUCACGCAUCACCCUUCUGGCUGCAGAUUUUACCCCAACAUAAACCUGCUGAGCCUACUAGUGGGCAGAUACUUCCAUACUGAAUGUAAAUGUCCUGCAUCUGGGAGAAGCCACUGAGCGCAAGGUGCAAUGGGAGACAGUACUAUUGUAUGUAUUCAGUACAAUCUGUGUAAAUUUACUGCUGUAAGAUCCAUUACAUCACGAACAAACCCAGAGCUUAUUAAAGAACAAAAGCUGCAGAAUGUUAA